GCAGCUGCUGGGCUGACACGUAACUAAAGUUAAAGGUGCUAUGGAGGCCUGGUAGGGGACUUGAGGAUUUACUUCUACCAAAACCGUCCGUGAACUGCGCCGGAAAAGUUCAGGAGUGCAAACAGAGAGGAGGAAUAGCGCUGUGGUGGUCAGCCUGCGGCUGUUUGGUAGAGGAGAGCGCAUAUCAGGAGUUUGACGUGAAGUCUGCCACAAUCUGAGCGGCUACUUUGAAGUCAGGGGAGAGCUGUGGAUGUGGCUACGCUAAAAUAAUGAACUCUGGAGGAGUUUAGCUCGGAUUGUCAGUAAGAAAUGCUCGGGGAGAGCGGGGUGGGGGGGCUGCUCUAGUCGACAGCAGAAGGUGAAAAGUUGUGUGGAAGUUUCCAGCAGCAGAGACGGGGCUUCCUCGCGCAGACAGCGGGGAGGGGUGCGGGUCCAACAUGGGGAACGGGGUGUGCUCCCGCAGGCAGCGCAGGAUCUUCCAGUUUCUCCUCCUGCUCACCGUGGUCUGUGGGAUGAUGUACGGGGGGAUGAUCUCCUAUGAGAUGCACAGACAGCUGAAGAGGACGGAGGCGAUGGCGCUCAAGUACCAGCAACACCAGGAGUCUCUGUCGGCGCAGCUCCAAGUGGUGUACGAGCAUCGCUCCAGGUUAGAGAAGUCACUUCAGAAGGAGAGACUGGAGCACAAAAAGGCCAAAGAAGAUUAUCUGGUUUAUAAACUGGAAGCACAACAGUCCCUCAACAAGGAGAAGCAAGACUCCAGCAGCAGGUUCAAUUCUCUUCAAGUCCAGCAUCAGAUGCUGAAGAAUCAACAUGAAGACCUUAAGAAGCAGUACUACGAGCUUCAGGAUCAGCACCAGCUCCAGGGCGAGGACCACAGCCGGCUACUCGGCGAUUACAAAGAGCGCUACGAGAAACUGCAGCAAUCCAAAGAGGGGGAAAUCUCCCAACUCAAAGAUAGUGUAUAUAACCUCAGAGAGGAAAAUAAACAGCUGAGGAAGGCUCACCAUGAAAUCCACACACAGCUACAGGACGCACAGGUUCGACAUCAGGACCUGAAGGCAGCCCAUGACCAGCUUGCACUGACACUGGAAGACCACAAGAGUGCGCUGGCUGCAGCACAGGUGCAGGUAGAUGAAUACAAGCAGCUGAAAGAGACCCUGAACAGGAUGCCUAAUCAGAAAGAGCCUGAAAGAAACCCUGCACCGCAACAAGCACAAGCAGCCGCCAUCGUACCAGAGUCCCACAUUCAUGAAGUGCAGCAGGCCAAAAUACAGGAUCAGCCACACAACGAGGAACCAGCCCAUGUCGAAGAUCAUCAGGACACUGAGUCUAGGUUGAACCACCAAGAAGAGGAGGUGCAUGCUCACUCCCAGCAUGCAUUGCCAGACAAAGAAGAAGAUGGUGAGGGAGAGGCAGAGAGGAGGAGGGAGCUGGCUGAGGAGGAGAUGGCUCAGGCUGGGCAGCCUCAGAAGCUGGAGGAGGACCCCGAUCAACCUCAAGACGAGCAGCAAGAGGAAGAGGAGGAGCCAGAACCAGAACAGCCAGACGAGAACGCCCUGGACCUGCAGAGACGCCAGCUGGGUGGCCAUCCUGAGGUCCAGCUGCAGCAUGAGGCCCACGCCCAGGUAGAACGCGUGAAGUCGGCGUAUGAGCAGCAGCAGGAGCAGCAGCGUCUGGACGCUCAGAGGGCCGAGGAGCGCAGGCAGAUGCAGCUGCGUCAGGAGGCCCUGCAGGCCCAGAGAGACCGGGUGCUGAAGGAGAGGGAGCAGAGGCUGAAGGAGGAACAGGAGAGAGAGAAGCAGCACCACAGAGAGGCUGAUAGACAGGAGCAGCUGCUGAGAGAGGAGCAGCAAAGGAAAAGGGCAGAAUACGAGAACAUGGACAACGACAUUGUUCAGGGAGAAGAGGACCAUCACACUGAAGAUGAUGAAGAGAGAGAUGUUCACAUGUUACAUGAGGAAGAGGAGCGACAGGAAGCGGAUCACAGAGUGCCUCCACAUCAGGCCGCUGCAGAGGGAGAACUAGACCCUGAGGAUGACCCCAACAACCAGGGAGAGGACGAGUUUGAGGAGGCUGAGGAUGAGCAGCCUCAGCACAGGGUGGCAGUGGAGGAAGAGGAGGUAGGAGAUGAGGAAGAGGAGCCUGCAGCACCCGCCCAGCACAUCAACACGCAUAAAGGAGCUGAACAACCUGCUGUAGAGGAGGAACUGGUGAUGGCUGGAAACCCAGACCAACAGGAAGACACACUGGACGACCAGUACCAGGAGGAGGAUGAGGCCCAGGAGGACAUCGCUGGUGGGCAGAAGAGAGAGGAGGAGGUGGAGGAGGAAGGAGAGGAUCCAUAUAACGAGGAGAACAUAGAACAGGAUGAAGUAAAACACGAGGAGGGCCCAAGAAAGGAUGCCGUUCAUGGAAAACAGGCAGAGAAUAAUGAGGAAGAGAAUUACGAGGAGGAGGAGGAAGCAGAGGAGGAUGUGGCUGUUCAGGACAAGAGAACCAAUCGAAGGGCGGAGAUGUAAGGCAGACUUUGACCAACAGCGGUGCCUCUGAGGCUGCCCGUAGAGAAUAUCAGGUCUUUUUUUCCCCACUUGUUCCCAAAGGAAUUAAACCAGCCAUCUAUUCAGAAGCCAAAAUAGGAAAAAAGAAGUGAUCUCAUGCCUUGGAGAUGGGAUGCUGUUCCAAAAACUGUAGAGAUGGAACUGAGCGGCUUACACUGUGGAAACAGACAGAAAAUACUGUGUGGAAAUGAGGUGUUACUGUAUUUUUUAAAUGCAUUUGCUCUUCUGUCUUCUCGCAUGUCUGCUUGGUUCUGUUUUAAGUGGCAGAGUCGGCAGAGAAUGUAUUUUUAUCAUGUGCUGCCUUUGGAUGUGUAUAAAGAAAGACAAUAAGUUAUGUUAUUCUGUUUUCUUCGUGUUUUAAUGUUUGUCUAAUGCAGACAGAUGUAUUCUUUUAGUGUUCAGAUUUUAAUGAUACUGUGUCAUUCCAGUUGAUCAAGUUGUUAUGUUAUUUAUUGUUGAUUGUAACAUCUCUGACAAUCGUAAGAAGGUGCCGGAUUUCUUCCCUGAAUGAGCUGGUUUGUUACAUGAUUGAUUUUUUUUUUAGCGACACAGAGAAGUUCUUUCACUUUCAGUCGAAGAGAAAUCUCUGGAAAAGUCUUUCUGUACUAAAAUUGUUACACUGACAUGUGCCUUUACAUUCUCAGAAACCUCUUAGUCACUCAGAAAAGCAUAUCAGUGGGACAGGAGCGAUAAGAGCGUGCCAGUACGUGAGGAACCUCAUGCAGCUAGCUCAGCCUGCUACCGAGGGCUGUGGCACUUCAGCUGCUGAAGUUCAUAAACCUUAUGCAACUUUCUGCAAAAUCUUUGGUAUACUGUUGGACAAUGUGUAGUUUAUAAACAAUGGCAGUUUGUACAUUUUUCAGUGACUAUAUUUGAUACAAAAGUGGGAUUUGAUGGUAACCAACCCUGUCUGUCACCUGAAAGGUAUGUGUUUAUGUCAAAUAAAGAGGUUGAAGGAU